AUGGAUGAUACGUUUGACAGGCGUCUGCAAAGACGAAGCGCGAUGUACCGCAUUUUGCGCCGUUAUGUUUUCUUUCCAGAUCUCGAUUAGGAACUUCCGAAAGGCCUGUUCGCCCUUUUCAGCAGACAGUUGACUUGCGCGUAAAAAUUCCAAACAGAGCAUCUCGUUUCGACGCUCGUUCUCUGAUUAGUAGCCGCCGUGGUCCCAGGCAGGAUCUGCGACAAAGAAUACAAAAUCCAAAGUUUAUGGCGGGUACUAAUAUUAAGCGACAGACAAAAGUGCCAUUUCUAAUUCCCAAAAGAACGGUUCGUCCCUGUUUCCGUAUGGUUUAAAGUUUCUUGUUAUGACUGCCUAGUUUCAUAGGAUUAUUGGGCGUUCGGUAUCUUUUCAGUCAGUCCUUCUCCUUUACCACUUUCUAAUUUUAUCUACUUAAACUCGCUUUGUCAUAAUGAUUUCAAAUGACGGUCCGCGAUAUUUUUUGUUUUCCUGGGGUAGAUCAGGAAUGAGUACUUCAGUCCAAACAACAGGAGGCCCAGAAAAGUAAGUUGUCCUUCCAGCAAAUUGAUAUGUUAUGCAAGUUUCCGUUCGCUGACCUCUUCUUCUACCAUAACGGUCAUAUGAUACAAAAGAUUCAUUCUUUGCAAUCGGUCGAGUGUCAAUUGUUGGCUACUACUAACACUUAAGUAGCUGCCUCUAGUAAAAUUCGCAUUUAUUUGAGCUCGCGCUCCUUAAUCUCCAUUAAAAGUCUCGACUUUAGAGGCUUUUCCCACUUCAAUUUGAAUGUUUUGCUGCACGGACCAUCAACUAAUGUACCGUUUUGCUUUCUGCACUCAUAUAUGCUCCCGUCUUUUUAGUCACAUCUGAGACUUUGUGAUAUUAAACUUCACGUAUUCCUUACUUAAAACCGUCGUGCUAAAUAAAACAUUCUACUGCCUCCCAGUUCCUUGCGUUGUUUUUGUCUCGUUCAUGCCUAGAACAAAUUAAACUUUUUCAUACGCACUUUCCUUCCGUGCACGCUUUAUGGCGGUAUUGCGGACUCGAGCGUCCAAAUGUUUCUAAAACUUCAGACGACCUAGUAAUUUGCGAGGUGAUGCAGUUGCCAUAGUCUGUUAUUUACUCACUUACCUCCUUCCGUUUGCAGCGGGAUCCAUUCCCCAGUGCUAACGUUGCAACUGGUGUGCCGCCUCUCAUGCGUACGAUCUCCAACCCGGCUGCCGUCCAGCCGGUUAUUCCUGGUCUUUUCACCAAUAUUUCCCUCCCAAAUCCCAGCAUAUUUCAGAUUACGAAGCCAGCUACGUCAUCGCUCAGCCCAAUUCAAGGAUUUCGCGUACAAGUCAAAAAUCUUCAGUCAUCGGUUACCCUGGAGGACGUUUUUGUAAGUGGGCGAUGCCCAUUUUCUCCACGAGACUCCAUAUCUGAGUCAGCGCCAUAUUCUUCUUUGAGAUUAACGAUUUCUCAUAAUCAUUUACUGCCAUAGCGGACUGUACAGAGUCGGAAGAUUAUUGGUCGGAGAUCAUAGGACUUCACUCAUGUAGGCCAAUUUUCUUUAGUUUCUCAUUCAAUUUAGUUUUUUUAUUUCAUGGGAGCCCCCGAAAUGAACUCAAACAUAUUUUCGAUGCCGCGCUGGGAUUUCGUUGUCCUGGCUCAAGCAUUUAAUUAACAUUAGAUUUUCGUUGUCAAAUAAUGCAUAUUGCUAGCAUUUUCGGCUCGUUUCUUGUUGCUGCCAUAGAGGAUGCUUCACAACCUGUAUACCGCUAGCUUUGGAGAGGAACAAUUGAUGGUCAUGUGUUUUAUUCUUGUCUGUCUGUCUGCAGCCGCAUUGGCUGCGUUUAUUUGAGGCACACUACGGUUUUGACGGACAAACGAGCUCUAUGGUGAAGUUUUGCCAUUGGGCUGUUUUUUUCUCAACGCCUGUGAUUUGUAAAAUGACGUUUUAGUACUGUUGUCAUCAUUAUUAUUACAGUUAAUUUCCUGGCCUUCUCUCUCCCCGUUAGCAAAUCAUGCAUGAUACUAAGACUGCACGUGCUCGCCGGCCUAUUAUAAAUUUGGCACAGAUCCCCUAAACGCAACUCGGCCUCAACCUUUCCAGACAUCAUGAGGGGAUGUUUCAUCUGCGGUACAAUACUGGCUUUGGAUUUGGAUGGUCGAUGGUCAGCCGCUCGCGCUUACUUCAAGUCCUUUCGAAAUUUCUUACCUACCUUCGGACAAAUAUGACGAAGUCAAGUGCUAAUAGCCAUUUUAAAGGUCAUCUCUUCCCAACUCUGACAGGGCCAUGCGCCUUGAAAAUGGGAAUACUAACAGUGAUACCGCUACUGAGUCGUCCAGGAAAUUUAAGCCAUCUCUACUAAUAGAUUUCUUGCAGCCGCAAAUCGUAUGGCUAUGUCAAAUAAUUUAUGAAGCAAAUUCUGCACUCUGAACUUUAUAUAGCCAGGUACGUGAAUUCUAUAUGUCUAAGCUAAAGGUGUCUUCUACUGUUUCACCUACGGUUUAAACGCAAUGUUCAUUUAGCCUAUCGAUGCGCUGGCCUGAUCGACUUUGUAAUAAAGGACUGGUACCAUUAAAUUUUCACGUCGCGUUAGGCGUAGGUCGGUUUCCUCAUGAUUGACAGAGCCAGUGGGCAGUCCCGUUCACUAGUACUAUUGAAUAUGUCAGUAGACACUCGCUGGGAACCCCGACGGUCGAGUGAGCUCUCGAGGGGGCCAUAUAGUGUCCAGCACACGCCCCGCAUGGAAUCAUUUGUACGCGAUUGGUUUCGUCUUGUGGGUCCCCGUCAUGAUUCAUAAACAGCAUCAGGGUCAACCUGCGCUCCUUCCCUUUAGACCAGUCUCUUAUAACCCGUCCUACAUUCUCUUCUUUGCCAGGAGCUCUUUUCCGGGGUAGGGAGUGUGCGUUCCUGCAACAUGGUGCGACCCGGCUUCGCUGAGGUCAUCUUCAACAGCGCCACUGAUGCACAGUCCGCGGUGGCGCAGUACAAUGGUCGAGAACUUGAUGGGCGUCCCAUGCUGGUGGUACUAGCAACCAACGUACCCACAGUCCCGCCGCUUCUUCCCCCUGUAGCAACCAACACCAACAUCCAGUAGGUUUGCUUUCCCUCCAGCCUCUCUCCGAUUACGUCCCACCGCCUGUUCUCCACCAUCAUUUUUGUUUCUUUUCGAUCCUUAAAGGCGUCCCCCCGUCAAGCCACCGACGACAACGACGAGCAUGGAGGUCGAUGCAAACGUAAUCAAGCGUGCGCUCUUCCACGUUAGUACACCCAAUACAUCCUUGUCCCGACGGCCGGUGGAUUUUAAUGUCAACUUAUUUUGACGGUGAAGGAGGGAGGAGACUGGAGUAUUUACAUUUUUAACCUAACCACGGAAUAAAUUCCCACUGUGUACUUUGUAACGGACCCUGUUUAUCACUCCAUGCAGGCAACGCCCACCAGCUCUGAGCAGUAAUGGCACUUUUGCUUACUUCAAGCAGAGACUUUGUGUUCUCAGUCAAGAAGGGCUUCGAAUUAUCGUAACUGUGUUUGUGGGUUAGGGGACUUUUAUGCUGGCUGACGCUGUUACCGCGUCACCGGCGCUUCUGUCUACCGCUGCUGUACUUCGGCAGUUCUCAAUAGCCUCAUGGGUCAUGUGGGCGCAGUGCAUGUCUACAGGUCCUCUGCAUUUCGAACAAUCGCGCUCCUUCGUAUCCGGCCGGCAGCUAUCCCUUGAGCGAAGUCGGACUGGUGAGCCCGAGGCGCGCUUGAGGCCGAUUGUAGUUUUGUCCACCGGCGCUAUUUGGCCACGCCGACAUUCCUGCAAUACUGACCCGUUCGAGUGAGCUGACAUCCCCUACGGUCUCGCUUUCAGAGCCAUCUCGGUGGACGAGUAACGACUUGCUUACAUAGCACGACUGUGAUCACGCCUAACUUAGCUAGCGUCUAUGAUGCCGCGAGUCCUACCGGAUAUGUUGACCUCGGACCGCCCUCCCAAUGAUGAAGAUCGAAUGCCGAGGGUCCGAGGACCAUCAUGUCUUGGCGGACCGCGCAUAGGAAGCACGAACCAAGGAUGGGUGUGCGGACACCGGUGCUGGAUAUAUUUUGAUCAUAGGGAUCUUCUCUUGUAUCGACAUGAGGCCUCUUGCUCGCAUCUUCAUAUGACUGAGCUCAAGCCGGUUCGGAAGAUUUUACAAGUCGUACCGCAAGUCUGGUUGAUCUCGUCCUUUUUUGGAGGGGACUGUCCACUUACACCGUAAGCCGUGGCAGAUACUCUCGGCUGCGAAAUCUAGUGGAACCAUCUUCGUUUUUCAGGCACACUUCGGCUGUUCAGUAAAGCCGCCGUACCGGCAGCAGGAUCCGGUUUCGUACCGUGAUCUACCACGAGACCUGUUUUGUUUGCAGUGUGUGCUAAGAAGCCCAAUCUGUCACGGAGUUGAACAUAUCUCCCAAGAGAGCAGUUUUCACGGAUGCCUGGUCAUUUUCACGGAUUGUAGCAGCAGGCCUAAAUCAGUUGGAGUAGCCUCUGCACAGGUAAGAUCUACGGGACGGGCUCGGUGCCCGGCCAGAGCAUCACAGCGCAGCUGGAAGCGGCCCUUGACGGAAGAAACUGCCCCACCAACAAUGCCAAGGAAGUUUAUGCCACAGCACUUGCCAUGCAGUAGUCUCAUCUCAUGUUGGUGUCAGUACAUCCAACAAGUGCCUUUAAACGGUAAUUGUAGAUUCCCACUGAAGGCCGAUUCUUGUCAAGCGCUUUACUACUGUGUCUUGCGUUGUCAUUAAAGAUACAUUCAUGCUAUUGCAAGAUGCAGACAAGUUUCUGUUGGGACGUCAGGGCGUCCUCAAACUGGAGGUCAGCCGAGAGUGCCAUGUCCGUCGAGUUCAGAAGUAUGGCGAAAUGUCCUGUCCACUGAAACCUCGUGUCUGACAACGGCUGUCGAUUCAACUUGGUUGUGUGGGCCAAAAAUCGACGCAGCCUCCCGGUAUAGCCGCUAUCCGAGGUGAAUUAGAGAUUGUAGACAGUCAUAUCUUGGGAUUUGUGGUCGUGCCGCGCAACUGGACCUCUCGAGUCCAGGCCCUAGAGAUGAGGAGCUGUGGCAUUUUCCAAUCCUGCCCUAGAACCUCGUGUGAGUUGCUUAGAUGGAGUUUCCGUAAAAGCGUUUUGCGGCGCAUAUGUACAACACCAACUUUGGUAGGGGGCGCUCACCGAUCGUUCUCUCGGAACUCAUUCGUUCCGUUGUGCCUUAAGGGCUCUCUCUCGAGCCCAACCAGCAGCCGCACAGCGGCGCAUGAUAUAGGCAGAAUGUUAUUACCGACAAAGGCAAGGGAGACUGGAAUGGCCAUUUCUGGCUUAUUAGCCGUCGCCAGCCAGUCAUACCCAACCCCGAAGUGUGGCACACCCGUGGCCCGGUGGGUAGAGGCGUGGACUUCUAAACCAACAGGUCGCGAGUUCGAGGUUCGGGUGUUCCACAAUUCGGGAUUGGGCAUGGCUGGCUGACGACGGCUAAUUAGCCAGAAAUGGUCAUUCCAGUCUCCCUUGUCUUUGUCGGUAAUGCCAUUCUGCCUAUGUAUCAUGCGCCGCUGUGCGGCUGCUGGUUGGGUUCGAGAGAGAGCCCAUAAGGCACAACGGAACGAGUGACUUCCGUAAGAACGGUCGGUAAGUGCCCCCUACUGUUGUAUAUUCCCGAUUGAAACCGACAGGGCAACCUGCUAGUGGCUCAGUGGUUAGAGGCGUGGACUUCAAGCUAACAGGUCGCGAGUUUGCACCUCGGGUGUCCUACACAUCGGGGUUGGGUAUGACUGGCUGACGACGGCUAAUAAGCCAGGAAUGGCCAUUCCAGUCUCCGUUGCCUUUGUCGGUAAUAACAUUCUGCCAACACCAACUUGCCCACUUGUGAGAUAAGGAAUAAGGAGCCAGCAGCCACGCCUACUCAGCUUCCUUGGUUUCUUUGUUCGUGCCAACUUCGUGCCUCGCUCUCAGAUCACGCUGGUCGUGGAAGAAGAGGGUGAGAAUGGUGCGUCGAAAGUCUCGUGCUCUUAAUAAAUUUGCUUAUGAGUCACCACUAAAACGUCGCAGGGACGGUGGUAGUUCUUGCCACUCACAAUGGACGAAUUAUCACUUAGUCCAAACUCCUGAAUGACGAAAGUCUGAAGACAGACAUGGCCGUACGAUUAUCAAAGUCAGUGACACAGGCAUCAAAGAAGUGUCCAGAAGAAGAAUAAGAUGCGAUCACUGGGACAAGAAGUUUCGGAUUCUCACUCGAACCCAUCACCUGAGGCGGUUGAGGAUAAGAAGAGUGUUUGAAGUCAGCAGAAUCGGAACUAGGCCAUUUAAGCGGCAAAUGACGCCAACUCGCGAACAUUACACCAAUUUCGACUUCUAUGAACCCAAGGCGUGAAGUUCCAUCAGACGAGGAAAGAGCCGCGACCGCUGGAAGAAGAGCUUUAUUAGCCUGACGUUUCGGAUCCUCACUCGAAUCCAUCAUCAGAGUCAGAGCCACGCCAGGCUUCGCAAGUGCCGUCAGAGAAUUGAUCUAGAGAAGACCAAAUGCCAUGAGUUCGUGGGCGAUUUAGGUACAACUCUGCUUCUGCAGAGGGUGUCUGAACGUGUCCGCGAACAGAGAGCAAUACGUGACGCAGCGCUGGAGAGCAAAUUUAGAAAGAUACCCAAUUCAGCGUCACCCAAAAACGAAAAACUGGUGCACAACCUGUCAUCAAAGCAGCUGACGAAGGAUCAAAUGCAGGUGUUACGGCGCGAAGCUUCUUAUAGCACGGCCGAUGCCAAACCUGUCAACGUGAUCACAGCGGUGAACUCAAUCCUCAGUCAGACGGAAGCGACGGACAAGUCCAAGGAUCUUAUCCGGUACCAAGUAUCGUCUCUCCUUAUGGCUCACAGGCCGCGCGAAGUGCUGUCCAAGGUCGAACGUGCUGCACCUAAGAGAUUCAAGGCCGAUAAAGACCUCGUUAUCGUGCUUGCGGACAAGGGGCGUUCCACGGUUGUUUUGGACAGGACAGACUACCUUCGGAAGGCCAAAGCUCUGCAGGAGGACUGA